GAAAAGUGCUGUGCUAUUGGAUAGCUGGCACCGUGACGACAAACGGAAGUAGUUCAAUCCUGUGCUGUGUGCAUGUUGUAUCCCCAUACCCAGAAUAUGGAACAAAAUAAUGGAGACGGGAGCCUGGCCCAGGUCCGGCAUGUCGUGUUGGUCCUGUCAGGGAAGGGAGGUGUGGGCAAGAGCACCAUCACCACAGAGCUGGCACUGGCUCUCAGGCAUGCUGGCAAGAAGGUCGGUAUCCUGGACGUUGACCUGUGUGGGCCAAGUAUCCCGCGCAUGCUGAGUGUGGGCCGGCCAGAUGUGCACCAGUGUGACUCAGGCUGGGUGCCAGUCUACACUGAUGCCCAGAAGAGCCUGGCCCUCAUGUCCAUCGGCUUCCUAUUAGAGGACCCAGACGAAGCGGUGGUGUGGAGGGGGCCCAAGAAAACAGCUUUGAUUGGCCAGUUUGUGUCAGAUGUAGCAUGGGGAGAGCUGGAUGUGCUGCUGGUGGACACACCGCCAGGGACAUCUGAUGAGCAUUUGGCUGUGCUGGAGAACCUUAAAAAACACAGAGUGGAUGGAGCCGUUUUGGUCACCACACCGCAGGCAGUAUCCACGGGGGAUGUGAGGAGAGAGAUCACCUUCUGUAAGAAGACAGGUGUACGAAUCCUGGGCAUUAUAGAGAACAUGAGUGGCUUCGUUUGUCCACACUGCUCUGAAUGCAGUAAUAUAUUCUCAAAGGGUGGUGGUGAAGAAUUGGCCAAACUGACUGGAUCAGCAUUCCUAGGUUCUGUGCCCUUGGACCCUCUGCUCAGCAGCAGUAUAGAGGAGGGCAAAGACUUCACACAGUCGUUUCCUGACAGUGCCACCUUCAGUGCUAUCAACAGCAUUUCACAGACUCUGCUCAACAGUCUCCAAACAGCUUGAGCCAUGACAUUAAUUUGCUGAAACUCCUGGAUUGAGUUCACAUCUAAGCACGUAGGCUGUGUGAAAAUAAUGUAGUUAUCAGUCAUUGUGCAAAUGUCAUGAUUUUUAUGUUGCAUUUUGUCUUGUACAGUCAGACAUCACACAAAACUGAUCACUCAUUGUCUUCUUUUCUGCUUUGUUUCUUAAAAUCUGUAACUGCCAGCAGUACAGUACAGGCCAUGUGUGCAGUUAUCUUUCAGUGCUUGAAAGUGUGAAUAUCUGUCACUCAAAGUGAAACAGGAAGAGAUGAAUACUGUACAACAGCAAUUCAUCUAGUCUUUGUUUGACAUCCUUUUUUUGGGCAUACUUUUGUAAUAAAUAUGCUAAAAAAAAAAAAAGUCAUGCUGCUUGUACAGUACUUAAAUGAGUCACAGUGAGAUAUGCAGUACUAAAAACACUAUCUUUUGUGUGUUUGGACGCCAGUCAAAACUAAGUUGGAAUCUUCUUUAAUUCGAUUGUGAAAACAUUCACAUCGACACAUCAGGAUAACUUCAAUACCAGUGGUAAUACAGGAUUGCAGAUUGGCGCUUCAGUAAAUGCGUCAGCUGCAGGUCCAUUUUCAGAAAACACACUCCAGAUCAAAUUAGACCGGUCCUUGCAUGAAACUAGGCCAAACUUGCACACUAAUCUCACUGAUUGCUGUUGCAUGCUACAAACAGUACCAUCAAGUAUUCUGGUGUUGUUUAAACUUGUUUUGUUUUCUUUGCAGGAACUAUAUGUAACUAGCUUUUUGAUCUGGAUUAAAUCUUCUGAAACUA